AUGAGUCAGCAAGGCUACGUGGCGACGCCCCCCUACUCCCAGUCGCAGUCUGCGAUGGGCCUCUCCCCUCCCCUCUACGGCCACUACGGGGACCCCUCGCACGCGGGGGCUCCGCCAGGUGUGAUGAAGCCAGCAGGGCCCAUGGGGGCUGCGCCUGGGGGGGUGCUGCCUCCGGGCCCCCCGCCGCCUGGACCACAUCAGUUUGGCCAGAACGGAGCUCAUGCCCAGGGCCGUCCUCCCCAGAGAUUCCCAGGCCCUCCUCCUGCCAACAAUGCGGCAUCCUCCUAUGCCCCUUAUCCACCCGCGACACAGUCAUCGUAUCCCAGUGCCAUGCCUACUGCAUCUGUCUCCCAGCUGGGCAGCCAGCUCGACACCAUGCACAUCAGCUACGGCUCGGGCACGGCGCCCCCUGGCCAGGCACCCUCGGGCCAGGGUGCUCCGCCGCCUCCUCUGCAGCCGUCCAUUCUGCAGCCUGGGUCUCAGGUGCUCCCCCCACCGCCCACCACACUGAACGGCCUGGGGGCACCACCCAUGCCUCCAUCCUGCCCAGCACCUCCGAGUGCCCAGCUGCAGCCCCCACCGCUUCCAGGACAGACCCUGGGCAGUGGGUACCCCCCGCAGCAAGGCAUCUACGGCGCCCAGAUGCCAGGCGCGCAGCUGGCGGGCCCGGGGGGCUUUCCCGGAGGGCCUGCACAGAUGGCGGGCCCGGCCCCGCCCCAGAGGAAGCUGGAUCCCGAUGCCGUGCCCAGCCCCAUCCAGGUGAUUGAGAACGACCGAGCCGCCCGAGGGGGACAGGUGUAUGUCACCAGCACCAGAGGCCAGGUCCCGCCCCUGGUCACCACAGACUGCGUGGUGCAAGACCAAGGCAAUGCCAGUCCUCGCUACAUCCGCUGCACCACCUACUGCUUCCCGUGCACGGCAGACAUGGCCAAGCAGGCGCAGAUCCCCCUGGCCGCCGUCAUCACGCCCUUCGCCACCGUGCCUGCCAACGAGACGCCCCUCUACCUGGUGGACCACGGCGAGGCGGGGCCCGUGCGCUGCAACCGCUGCAAAGCCUACAUGUGCCCCUUCAUGCAGUUCACCGAGGGCGGCCGGCGCUUCCAGUGCGGCUUCUGCAGCUGCGUCAACGAAGUCCCACCAUCCUACUUCCAGCAUCUGGAUCACAUGGGCCGGCGGCUGGACCACAGCGAGAGGCCGGAGCUGUCCCUGGGGUCCUACGAGUACGUGGCCACUCUGGAUUACUGCAGAAAGAACAAGCCGCCCAGCCCUCCCGCCUUCAUCUUCAUGAUUGACGUGUCCUACAGCAACAUCCGCAGCGGGCUGGUGCGGCUCAUCUGCGAGGAGCUGAAGGCCGUGCUGGAGCGGCUGCCCAGGGAAGAGCCGGAGGCGCCGUCUGCCAUCCGCGUGGGCUUCGUCACCUACAACAAGGUGCUGCACUUCUUCAACGUCAAGAGCAACCUGGCGCAGCCGCAGAUGAUGGUGGUGACCGACGUGGCCGAGGUCUUCGUGCCCUUGCUGGACGGCUUUCUGGUCAGCUACCACGAGUCCCAGGCCGUGAUCCACAAUCUGCUGGACCAGAUCCCCGAUAUGUUCGCCGACUCCACCGAGAACGAGACCGUCUUCGCGCCCGUCAUCCAGGCCGGCAUGGAGGCCCUGAAGGCCGCUGAGUGCCCCGGGAAGCUGCUCAUCUUCCACGCCUCCCUGCCCACGGCUGAGGCGCCCGGCAAGCUGCGGAACCGGGACGACAGGAAGCUGAUCAACACGGACAAGGAGAAGGUCCUCUUCCAGCCCCAGAGCGGGGUCUACGACGCGCUGGCCCGGGACUGCGUGGCCCACGGCUGCUGCGUGACGCUCUUCCUCUUCCCCAGCCAGUACGUGGACGUGGCCUCCUUGGGGCUCGUGCCGCAGCUCACAGGAGGGACCCUUUACAAGUACAACAACUUCCAGCUGCACGCCGACAGCCAGCAGUUCCUCACCGACCUCCGCAACGACGUGGAGAAGAAGGUCGGCUUCGACGCCAUCAUGCGGGUCCGCACGAGCACAGGUUUCCGGGCCACUGACUUCUUCGGGGGCAUCGUCAUGAACAACACGACCGACGUGGAGAUGGCGGCCAUCGACUGCGACAAGGCGGUGACCGUGGAGUUCAAGCACGACGACAAGCUGGGCGAGGACAGCGGGGCCUUGAUCCAGUGCGCCGUGCUCUACACCACCAUCGGGGGGCAGCGGAGGCUGCGCAUCCACAACCUGGCCCUGAGCUGCAGCGCGCAGCUGGCCGAUGUCUACAAGAGCUGCGAGACGGACGCCCUGGUCAACUUCUUCGCCAAGUCCGCUUUCAAGGCGGUUCUGCACCAGCCCCUGAAGCUCAUCCGGGAGAUCCUGGUCAACCAGACCUCGCACAUGCUGGCCUGCUACCGCAAGCACUGCGCCAGCCCGUCCGCCGCCAGCCAGCUCAUCCUGCCGGACUCCAUGAAGGUGCUGCCGGUGUACGUGAACUCCCUGCUCAAGAGCUGUGUGCUGCUCGGCCGGCCUGACACCCCCACGGACGAGCGGGCGUUCCAGCGGCAGCUGGUCAUGACCAUGGGCGUGGCCGACUCGCAGCUCUUCUUCUACCCACAGCUCCUGCCCAUCCACACGGCGGCCGCCCAGAGCCCCAGCCCCGCGGUGCCCGCCGCCGUCCGCUGCUCGGAGGCCCGUCUCUCCGAAGAGGGCGUGUUCCUGCUGGCCGACGGGCUGCGCCUGUUCCUGUGGCUGGGCGCCAGCUGCCCCCCCGAGCUCAUCCAGGGGCUGUUCAACGUGCCGUCCCUGGCGCACGUCAGCGCGGACUUGACGGUGCUGCCCGAGGUGGGGAGCCCGCACUCGCAGGCGCUCCGGGCCAUCGUGGGCGCGCUGCAGCGGAAGAGGCCGCACUCCAUGAAGCUGGUGGUCGUGAAGCAGCGGGAGCAGCCGGCGGUGGCGUUCCGGCAGCUGCUGGUGGAGGACAAGGGGCUGGACGGGGCGCCGUCCUACGUGGACUUCCUGUGCUGCCUGCACAAGGCCGUCUGCCAGCUGCUCAACUGA